UCUGUUGGGGGCGUCGUUGCCAGCUAGCCAGCUAACGCUACAGAAUAAUCUCAUGUGGCGUCAAAGAAGUGGCAACUCUUUAUUGUUUUUGCACCAUACAGCCUAGCUAACACAGCCGCUUCAGCCCAAGAACAUUUAAGCGUCACUUUAACUCAGGAUGCAUCCAGACCUCUCACCUCAUUUACACACAGAGGAAUGCAAUGAACUGAUAACACAACUCAAACAGUGCCACAAGGAGCACAACAUCCUCAGGUUCUUUGGGACUUGUAAUGAUAUGGAUCGUGCAAUGCGGCAAUGUCUUCGGACAGAGUAUGAAGCAAAGCGGGAGCGGAGCAAGGCUCAUGCACAGGAGAUGAAGCAGCGUUUGAAGGAAGGCCCUAAAGAUCAAGCCUAAGCCAGACAGGCUCCCAGCACUGUAUGCCAAUUGAAAAUGUGAAGUCAUUCAGAUCUUCGCCUUUUCACAACUGGUCCAGUAAUGUUUGUUGCUUUGUGGACAUCUGCUGGACUGUGGAGGAUGUUGGGAAGAUUGCCUGGGUUAAUUUAUCAAAGACUUUCGAGAAGUUAAAUAGGCAGCACAUUUUGGGUUAAGUAUUAACACUGAUGGAACAGUAAAUAUUAAUUUACAAUUAAAUAAACAUAUGGCAACCCCAGAAAGAACUGUGUAUAGUUAGUGUAUGCUGUGUGUCUGAAUACUUUCCAAGAAUGUUGUUUGCUUUUUAUUGGUUAUAAGAACUGAGAAUCCAAAAAGUUUUAUCAGAAUUAGUUUGCCUAAAUUAAUAAAUAGAGAAGUCUCAUGUUGGACAAAAAGUGUGCUUACACAGGCAAAGUAACAGAAGAAAUAAAUACAUGUAGAAUGCUGCA